AAGAGAUGCUCAGGCAGGGAGCUGGGCGGGAGCGGCGUGACGUCAGACGGAAGCCGCGAUGGCCAUCUUCAGCGUGUACGUGGUGAACAAGGCCGGAGGGCUCAUCUACCAGCUGGACCACUACGCGCCGAGGGCCGAGUCCGAGAAGACCUUCAGCUUCCCCCUCGAGCUGGUGCUGCGCCCGCACGACGAGCAUGUCCUUGUCUCCUUCGGGCAGCGCGACGGCAUCCGCGUGGGCCAUGCUGUGCUUGCCAUCAAUGGCAUUGAUGUCAACGGAAGGUACACUGGUGACGGCAGGGAUGUGCUGGAGUUCCUGGGCAACCCAGCCAACUACCCAGUGUCAAUCCGCUUUGGUCGCCCCCGUCUGUCAUCCAAUGAGAAGCUCAUGCUGGCCUCCAUGUUCCACUCGUUGUUUGCAAUUGGGUCCCAACUGUCUCCCGAGCAGGGGAGUUCUGGAAUUGAGAUGCUAGAGACCGACACUUUCAAGCUACACUGUUUUCAGACUCUAACAGGGAUAAAAUUUGUGGUGCUCGCUGAUCCACGGCAGUCUGGAAUAGAUUCCCUUCUGCGCAAGAUUUAUGAGAUUUAUUCAGACUUUGCUCUGAAAAAUCCUUUCUACUCCUUGGAGAUGCCAAUCAGAUGUGAGCUCUUUGAUCAGAACUUGAAGCUUGCGCUGGAGGUAGCAGAGAAAGCAGGGCCUUUUGGGCCAGGAUUGUAGGGUGGAUUUAUCCCACUUCAGUCACCCAGUGGACUUUUCAAUAACAACUAAAAUGUGAGUCAGACAAAUGACCAACCAUCUGUUCGUAGCCACCUUGACUGCAAUUCCAGAGCACAGAACAGGGAGUAUUGCUGUCGAGUGGAUGUGGUUGGUGCUGAAUCUUGGCUGCUGCUAAAGGAAGCUGGCUGGCAGCCUGAAAGGAAACAUUAGAGCUAUACCAUUCCUUCAAUAGUGGUGCAUGUACAUAUAUGUCUGCUGCAAUGUAUUCUUUUAAUUUAUAACUGAAGCACUGUAUGUUUGCAAAUGUAAAUAAAGCAUUCCUUAAAGGAA